UCUGGGUUGCUGUUCUAUUUUCAAGAUGGAGGACUACGAGAGCGUUUUGUGUGUCAAAAACGAAUGUUUUAUUUACAAAAUUCCUCCGAGAACAAGCAACCGAGGAUACAGAGCUGCUGACUGGAAACUUGAUCAACCUGACUGGACUGGACGGUUAAGGGUGUGUGCUAAAGGAAAAGAAUGCUACAUCAAGAUAGAAGAUAAGACCAGUGGUGAGCUCUUUGCCAAGUGUCCUGUGGAUGACUAUCCAGGUAUCGCUGUAGAAGGUGUUUUAGAUAGCAGUCGCUACUUUGUCCUCAAGAUUGUAGAUGAAACAGGUCGCCAUGCGUUCAUUGGAAUGGGUUUUCAAGACAGAGGCGAUAGCUUUGAUUUCAACGUAUCAUUGCAAGAUCACUUCAAAUGGAUAAAACAGAGUGAAAAAAUAGCAGCAGAAGCUGAGCAGCCUGAUCUUACACCAAAGUUAGACCUGAGUUUUAAAGAAGGUCAAACAAUCCAUAUUAACCUAGGGAAUCGUGCACCCGGUGCAAGUGCAACAAGUCGACCUAAACCUGCAGGUGGUGGUCUUGGUGUCAUUCCCCCUCCCCCUGGGGGUAUGGCUCCCAAGCUAGCCCCACCCCCAGGAGCAGGGGCAUCACCCGCAUCAAUGAAAAGAACAGUUCAUCAAUCUCAGCCGCAGGCUCCCUUUCCCGACAUGGGAGCGUUUGCUUCCAGUUCAAAGGUUCAACAACAAAAUCAACAACAGAAGACAACAUCAGAGUGGGGAGAUUUUACUGCAGCAUCAGGGAGUUCUGAUUCUAGCUGGGUGCAGUUUUGAAAACCAUUCAUUACAAAAAUCAAAGAGGAAAGUAUUUUACCACCUCACACUAAGAAUGCCUGUCUCAGUGGCUUUUCCAAUUUUCUUAAGCCUUAAAUGUACAUUGCAGUGACUUUAGUCUCAAGUCCAAGUAAAAUGUUAUUUUGUACCUGGUGGAUAAGAACCUUUUCUGGGAAAUCGUCUUUGAAUACUCGAUGAAUUUCGAAUCAGUUUGCUCGCUCAAGGACUUGUCUAGGUUGCCUAGAGUGAUGUGUCUAACAACAAUCGUGGGGUCUGAGAUAUUAUGACCAAAAGGGUUCUUGUUUGAAUGAUAGUGUUCCAGUUUGAAACUUUGAAAAUUUAUGAAUUUCAAAGUUUGAACGGCAAAAUGAAAUAGCUGGAAGACUGUAAAGGUAGAAAAUAAUAUUUUCUUAUGUAUAGCCAGAGCUGUAGCCAGAAAAAAAUUAUGACUGGAGCAAUGUCUGCUGUUACAUUUUCUUUCUAGGUAUUUAGUAGUGUUUUACUUACUCCCUUCAAAAAAAAAAACAACAAAAACGAAAAACAAAAUGACUGAAGCAAGUACCUUAGUUUGCUUCAUACUGGCCACGGUUCUCUAGCAGUUUGAUUCCUUAAUUUAUGGAAUGCAAAGACAAGUCGAUCAUUAACUAUAAUUUGAGGAUUUCCCCUUUCUUAAAUACUUUGUCUCUGUUGCUCUUAUUCUAGCAUGUGCAGUGAGAAAAGAAAGCCGGAUAACUGGUUAUCGCUCUCUUGUAUAAUUUUUGCUUUUUAAGAAGGCCAGCGAUUGUAUAGUCUGGGCACAGGGACAGGGUGAAACAAAAGGCGCAGGAAUUGGAGAGUGGGUUUUAGAGAGCCUGUUGACUGGUCUCCGAUAGUCGCGCUCUUGGACGUCACGCAAAGCUACUUCCCGAAAUAUUGCGUGACAAUAUAGAUAAUGGUGGUGAAGGUGUCCACCUGUUCGCAGACCAGAAUUGCUUUGGUCCCUUGUUUUGUUAUAUUGUAGUUGACAUGGUGCUUUUGAGAAGCGCCGUAGAGAAAUUGUACUUGCUGCAGGCGGUGUUUAAACGAGGCGGUUACAGUUUAGUUUUCUUCAAAGCCGUCACGCAACGCUGCGAACUUGUUGGUAGGGCGUUGCGUCACGACCUUGAAGACUAGAAGUCAUAAAUGGUUGUAUACAUGUUUAAAUUGACAGGCAACAGGACACGCAGCUUUGUGAGCAGGCAUUGAGUGCCUGCAUGCAAAUCACGUGGUCUACCAAGAAUCCCUCAUCCAACCUCAUCCCCAGGGUCUUAUCCUCGGCUUUUAUCAAAAUGACAGAUUGGAGAAGGCCUGGGACGAGGUUGCCGACAAACACCCAAAUCGCGUUUCCUGAAGUCAAAAUGAAAAAAAUUGAAAUAUUUUCCCGCAGCUUCAGUUAAUUUGGAAAUUCAUUUAUAAUUCAUCUUUUCUUUGAAAUUUCCCUAAAUCUCAGAACCUAUUGUAUGAAAUAAAAUCCCUCUUUCACGAUAAAUUCCUGUACAUUGUGUAGUUAAAUACUCUCCGGUGUAAAUCAUGGUUGAAGCUGUAAAUUUCAAACUUAUGUGUCCCUGUGUACAAUUCCCAGGAAAAAAAAA